CACACAUUUCGUUUUUCUAGAUAGGGGUCGGAAAUGUCCAUCUUGACAUCGGGCUUAGAAUUGACAUAAUAAACGGAUGGGAACACGUCGCGGUGAUCAGAAGUCAUCAUAAUACACCUAGCUAGCCAAAUGGAUGAUGAUCUAAAGCCUCUGGAUUUCAUAAAGGACUUUCAAGAGUACCUGACACAGCAAACACACCAUGUCAACAUGAUAUCAGGCUCUGUCGGUGGGGAGAUAGAGCCUGACCACCUCCAAGCUGUGGCAGCAGCUAUCCCGGAGAGUGAUCAUCAGAAUGGGUCAGUGGAAGUCUCUCUGGACGAGCGCUCCGGGCUGCUGGUGGACGGCUUCCAGAGGACCUACGACGGCAAGCUCAAGUGUAGCUACUGCAGCUACGCCAGUAAAGGCACCGCUCGCCUGAUAGAGCACAUCAGAAUUCACACAGGAGAGAAGCCUCACCACUGCCAGCUGUGCCCCUUCGCCUCUGCCUACGAGCGCCACCUAGAGGCCCACAUGCGCUCCCACACUGGAGAGAAGCCCUACAAGUGUGACCUCUGCUCCUUCCGCUGCAGCGACCGCAGUAACCUGUCCCACCACCGCCGGCGCCGCCACAAGCUUUUACCCACGAAGGGGUCGGGGCUGCCCUCCUCCCUCUCCGACAACAAGAAGAAGAUGCUGAGCGUCCUACAGAAGAACAGUGGGCUGGGAGGCUACAGCAGACGCCUCCUCAUCGACUUCAGCCCUCCCUCCAUGGUCGUGGGGAAACCAGACUACCUGAACCAUGAGGUGUCUGAGAGCUUGGAGAAGAACCAUGGGACUGGAGGAGGAGGAGGAGGAGGAGGGGCCAGCAGGGAUGUCCACAGUGACAUGAUGGUGGUCAGCAAUCCACUGAACCAGCUGUCUACGCCGGCAGGUCAGUUGUCCGACCUCCCCCAAGAGGACCAGACCCCUGUGUCUCCCGACAGACUGUCCUGUCACGACGUCAAGCCUUUCCUCAUCCAGCAGGAAUCUGGUGCACCGAUUGCAGUAUCGGUGUCUUUGUCCACCAGUCAAAGUGGUGCCCACCACCACUACCACCACCACCACCAUACCUCCUCCCCAACCAGCCCCGAGGACCUCCAGCCCCCUGCAGGCCAUAGCAGGAACUACAGCCCCAGCCCUGUGGACCCAGAACCCAGCAGUGAACACAGUACACACACACGCACCAGCUCAGCUAGCAUUAGUAACAGCCAGCCCAGUACCCCUGCCCUGCCCGGUAGCACACAGGACUCAGACCCACAGAUGCUGCACAGCUGCCAGCACUGCGACACCUACUUCUCGGACAACAUCAUGUAUACCAUUCACAUGGGUUGCCACGGCUACGAGAACCCCUUCCAGUGCAAUAUCUGCGGCUGCAAGUGCAGGAACAAGUAUGACUUUGCCUGCCACUUUGCUCGCGGGCAGCACAAGCAUUGACUGACUUCCAAAGCAACCAAGAUGAAUUUGAAACGAUGUUUGGCGUCUCAGAGAGCACAUUAAUUUAUUCCGUUUAUAAUAAUCUGGGAUCAGAGCGAAUCUGAUCAAGAUUUAUUUUGUUUUUUUAAUUAUAUAACUUAGAGAGUGAUGUUACUUUUUAAAUGAGAAAUUGAUGCUUCUAUAAUGGGAAAGGAAUCCGGAGGGUUAGAGACAUUUAGCAUGUGUCCUCCUCGGUGCUAUCUGAGAAUUUAAAGGAAGUAACUUCUUAUAACUGCGUUUUUAUAACUGAAUUAGUUACAUCAAUAUUUAUGAUAUUACAUGCGAGUGACUAAACUUAUAGUAAAAUAGCAAUUAGCAAGGUAUCUGGUUGCUGUGGCUAGAUUUGAAACAGUUUUGACCUUGUCUUAUGAAGGAAGACCAUGUGCAUUGGUCCAAAUAGGUGGUCAACAUUGACAAACAGACAUGCUUUAUUAUACAUUGUGUUGCCACCUACUAGUAUCUCACUUUAUUGUGAGCGUAAACAUAACAUUAUAUCAACGGCUUGAAGUGAAUGAGAUCUGUCAUAUUAAUGCUUCAGCUUGGACAUAAUUUCACUCUGUGUUUUACUGUUCUCUGUUGCACAUUCAGAUUGAUUCCAUGUUUUCUCUGUUGCACAUUCAGAUUGAUUCCAUGUGUUCUCUGUUGCACAUUCAGAUUGAUUCCAUGUUUUCUCUGUUGCACAUUCAGAUUGAUUCCAUGUGUUCUCUUUUGCACAUUCAGAUUGAUUCCAUGUUUUCUCUGUUGCACAUUCAGAUUGAUUCCAUGUGUUCUCUGUUGCACAUUCAGAUUGAUUCCAUGUUUUCUCUGUUGCACAUUCAGAUUGAUUCCAUGUUUUCUCUUUUGCACAUUCAGAUUGAUUCCAUGUUUUCUCUUUUGCACAUUCAGAUUGAUUCCAUGUUUUCUCCCUGUUGCACAUUCAGAUUGAUUCCAUGUUUUCUCCUAGUAGGUGCUGCCAAUCACAUCCUUUCUUACCUUCAUCUAGCAUUACUGAUUUAUAAUAACUGGUGCUAUUUAGCUAAUACCUCCUAAUUGAACAAUGAUCUGUAGCUUAAGUGCAAUUUGUGUUUGAGCCAAAUCAUUCAGACUUUGAUAAGUCGUACAUGACUAAACUUGAUUAAAAGGCCAAAGUAU